UUCCCACGAGAAUGGCUUCAUGGAGGAUUUGGACAAGACGUGGGUUCGAUACCAGGAGUGUGACUCGCGAAGCAACGCUCCCGCCACACUGACCUUUGAGAACAUGGCAGGUGUCUUCAUGUUGGUGGCUGGUGGUAUCGUCGCCGGGAUCUUCCUCAUCUUCAUCGAGAUCGCCUACAAACGUCACAAAGACGCUCGCAGGAAACAGAUGCAGCUCGCCUUCGCUGCCGUCAACGUGUGGAGGAAGAACCUUCAGGUAUCUGACUUUUUUUCUUUUUUAUUGUUAGUCUG